CGUUCCCGCCCCGCCCCCUUUCCCGGCGUGCGCCGCUGCUAAGGCUCCUCGCCCUCAGCUUCUGCCUGUCGCCCCAAAAUGGCGGACACAAUGAGCCGGCGACGCGCUGGUUGUCCGUGAGGUGGCUGUGAGGACGAACAGUCGGCGAGGCUCCACCGUCCAGGCAGAAGACCCUCGUCCAAGCAGGAGGAAGAGAAGGAGGCGGCCCAACUGUUGGCCGACUUCCCGCUAGCCGCCGGCGCGGCGCCCGCCCCGCUUGGGUUGGCCCCUCGGCAGCCCGCCCGCUCGCCGCCGGGCCCCGCCCCGGCCCUGCGCCGCCGCUGCCUUCCCCAGCCGCCGCCAUGAAGCUGACCGACAGCGUGCUGCGGAGCUUCCGCGUCGCUAAGGUGUUCCGCGAAAACUCGGACAAGAUUAACUGCUUCGAUUUCAGCCCCAACGGCGAGACAGUCAUCUCGAGUAGCGACGACGACUCCAUCGUGCUCUAUGACUGCCAGGAGGGCAAACCAAAGAGAACCCUGUACAGUAAGAAAUAUGGCGUGGACCUCAUCAGAUACACUCAUGCAGCAAACACAGUUGUUUACAGCUCUAACAAAAUAGACGAUACUAUUCGUUACUUGUCCUUGCAUGACAACAAAUACAUCAGAUACUUUCCUGGACAUAGCAAAAGGGUGGUGGCCUUGUCCAUGUCACCUGUGGAUGACACUUUCAUUUCUGGGUCUCUUGAUAAGACCAUUCGACUUUGGGAUCUCCGGUCUCCUAACUGCCAGGGCCUCAUGCAUCUGCAGGGGAAGCCAGUUUGUUCUUUUGAUCCAGAAGGGUUAAUUUUCGCUGCAGGUGUCAACUCUGAAAUGGUCAAGCUUUAUGACCUUCGUUCUUUUGAUAAGGGGCCCUUUGCUACCUUUAAGAUGCAGUAUGAUCGAACUUGUGAGUGGACAGGACUUAAAUUCAGCAACGAUGGCAAGCUCAUCCUCAUUUCCACCAACGGCAGCUUCAUUCGUCUGAUUGAUGCAUUCAAAGGAGUGGUGAUGCACACGUUUGGGGGUUAUGCCAACAGCAAAGCUGUCACACUGGAGGCUUCAUUUACUCCAGACUCUCAGUUCAUUAUGAUUGGUUCAGAGGAUGGCAAGAUCCAUGUCUGGAAUGGAGAGAGCGGUAUAAAAGUAGCUGUGUUGGAUGGUAAACACACAGGCCCGAUUACCUGUUUGCAAUUCAACCCCAAGUUCAUGACUUUUGCCAGCGCGUGUUCCAACAUGGCCUUUUGGUUGCCCACCAUUGAUGACUGACCCUGUUGCUGCUCGGCUAUUUCUGUACAGUGAGGGCGGCCAGCAGAAAGAAACUCAGAGGGAACUGAGAUAAUAGUGGGAUUGGAUCAUUUGACUGGGCUGGAGAACAUCCUUUUACAUGGCCUUCCCAUGGAUGUGCUGUACUUGUGCUCAAAAGAAAAUAAUUACUUUGAUGAGCGUCUUCAAAAGGACUCUUGGUGCAACAGACUCAGUUGGAACUCAGCUUUUCUAGCUGUCACUGCACCAAGCUCUGCUAGAGGAGUGACCAGACUCACGAUUUGGUAUAGUGGGGCUCUCAAGCAUCUUCAAUUUGAAUGUACAUGCUGCUGAGGAGCCGGUGAAGUCAUCAGUUCCGCACAUCCCUUCUCCUACCCUCCAACUGCAUGGGAAGCCAAAGUCCUGGUUUUGAAACGCUUAGGCAGCUCAGCCGCUUGCCCUCACCCUGCAUGUCUUGUUACUGGGUCUCCCUGUGUACUUGCGGCAUUAUCCACAACCAUCAUGUUUCUUAGGUGCCAAACAUUUACAGAAACAUUUUCAUAUAUCCUGGGGUCAGAGAAAGGGACAGAUACAGAAGGACCUUGCUUGCAGGACGCCAUGCAGUUAGUUUCUGCAGUUAGUCGUGUGAGGCUAGGUGGUCGGGCAGGCCUCAGGCUGUAGGUGUUGGGUGGGAAAAGACCCAAGGGCCUGAAAGGGAGGGAAAGGGGAGGGUAGUGGGAGGGUAGCAGGUGAGUUCCUAGGGCUGGAAGGUCUAGGAAGGUUUCGCAGCAGCCUGGUGCAGUGCCCUGUCAUCAAGACUAACCCACGGUCCUCCUGGGUGCCUACCAAGCUUGGUUUGUACAAAAGCAAGGUGGGAGUCUAUUUUUGUACAUGAGAUACAUCACACUUUCCUGUGGGCCAGUAUUGUGAAGUGAGUCUGAGUUGUUUACACUGAUGCCUUCCCUGCCCACCACAGAUUGUGUACAUAGUCUUCAGAUGAUACCACCCCUUUCCCCAGCUCCCAGCGAAGAGCUGGUUCGAGGCCUGUGUUAUAUGUCAUAUUUAGCCUUUUUAUAUAUGACCUUUGAUUUCUGUUGUUUGUAUUUUAGCACAGUGUAUGCACCUUCAUUUAAAUACAUCUGUGUGCAUACAGAUAUGCAUAUAUGUGUGUGCGUAUGCAUAUAUCUCUCAUCGGUAGUUUCUGAGAGUUCAGCUGAAGCAGAUGGAGUCCUGCAGCUCAGGAGACACACUGCAUCCCUGCUAAUAGUGUUUGCCACAAGUAUUAGUGAGUCUUCCUUAUUAAUAUUUUCAUUUCAGAAGACUGAAGCAAAGCUUAUGGUGUUUGCUGUUUCUUUGGCAGCUAAGUGAGGUUCUUGGGAUGACUCGCUGUGUUCCUCAAGCUGCACUUUGGGGCCAUCUCUGCAGUAUUAGCCCCCUUUUUGCUUGGUGGUACUCUGUCUGUGCCUGUGUGUGUGUGUGUGAUAGUCACUCUUGCAUGGCUUCCGUGUCUGGUUUGUGGCAUUUGGGGAUAAGGUGCUGAAGCCAGAGCAUUUGCAGUUUGUUUGAGGCCUCGUUGCCAAUGAUAGAUCACUCCCGUUGACCUGGCAUGCCUGCUUGCUUGCUGCUUUUCCUUGCUUUCUCUUGGAAGAGGAAGGGACUCUGGUCAGGCCCAGGCUGAGUGAGAUGAGCUGCAGCUGGCUCAUGGCCUUCUUAGAGCAGAGAGAGUGGUAUGUCAUUUUACUAAGUUCCUAAACAAACAUUUAUACAGGCAACACUCCUUGCAGAUCCAGAAACUGAGGCACAAUAGGGUUGUGAUUUGCUCAAGAAUAUGUAGCUGCUAGGGGGUAAAUCAAGGCAUCACAACUUCUGUUCAGCAGGCAGGAAUAGGCUGUGAAUUGCUAGCACUUUUUUUUUUUUAAGCAAUUACUUUUUGACUUGUUCCUCCAACUGAAAGUGCAAGAGGCAUACACCUUUCCCAAAUGUAGACUAGAAUCUGCAGGAUGCCACCCACUGUAUAGCUCUGCUUUCCCAGAGAGGAAGAACUUCUGGAAACCAAAUGAUCUUAAUUGUUACUGCCCACCCCUGGCUUUUCAGGGUAGAAAAUUCACAAUAGGAAUGAUGGUUAAGAGAGAGUGCUUGGAACCGUGGGUUAACAGGAAAGGCUACCUAACUUCACAUAUCUGCAACCAGAGCAGCCACCAAGCAUUACUUAGCAGCAGGAAAAUGAUUGUAUUUGAGUUCCUGUGUGUCCAAAACUGAGGCACCAUGUUCUUUGAAAACAUGCCACUUCAAGGCCAGGCGCAGUGGGUCAUGCCUGUAAUCCCAGUACUUUGGGAGGCUGAGGCGGGCGGAUCACCGGAGGUCGGGAGUUCGAGACCAGCCUGACCAACAUGGAGAAACCCUGUCUCUACUAAAAAUACAAAAUUAGCCGGGCGUGGUGGCAUGCGCCUAUAAUCUCAGCUACUCGGGAGGCUGAGGCAGGAGAAUUGCUUGAACCCGGGAGGCGGAAGUUGCGGUGAGUUGAGAUUGUGCCAUUGCACUCCGGCCUGGGCAACAACAGCAAAACUCCGUCUCAAAAAAAAAAAUAUGCCACCUCACGGUCUCUAUCAUUGGGCCCUGUGGUUGCAAAGCUGCCUCCUGAAUUAAGAAGGAAAGGGAAAAAAUAUAGCUGGAAGUGAGUGGAAGAGAUGCUGAGGGCUGGGGCUGCACAGAUGUGCUCAGCAGAGCUAGAGGUACUUGCCCUAUUGGGGAUGGGUGGGGAGUGGGGCAGCGGCGUUUGCCACCUUAGGAAUCGGGGCCAAAGCCACUGAUGUUUAUUUGACAGCAACACUGCACUGGGUACUUAAAGAAAUUAUUUCCCGUUGCGAUUAUAAUUACUGCUUAUUAAGGAAAAUUUGGGAAUUUUAGAAAGAAUCAAGUUUGCCACCCAAAUGCUACCACUGUUAAUCUUUUGGUGUUAAAUGUUCCCCCUAGACAUUUCUGUGCAUAGAUUUUUGGUGUGUUUACAUAGUCAUUAUUCUGUAUAUACAAUUUUAUGUCCCUUUUGUACUUAACGUAUAAACAUUUUUCCAUGUUACAGUCUUAAACAGAA